AUGAGUACUCUUGCAACAGAGUUUAGAGUUCCCCGGAAGGAAAUUCUAACCAAAGACGAUUUGGAAAAGUUUCACGAAUCAGAAACGUAUGAGGAAUUUCUCAAUUUCAUUGUAAAACUUAACAAUUCCGUCAAAGGUCUCCCACUAAGUGCUGAAUGUCACGUAUCCCAAGUAGUUCAACAUAUGCUCGAAGUAUUAGACAUAGUAAACUCGUAUUGUGAUGAAAUACCACCAAUUAACAAUAAUCAAAGCCGUUAUGGCAACCCAGCUUUUCGUGACCUUUAUGAUCGAAUCGCAAAGAAUGCAGACGAAUUACACGAGAAUCUCUUUUUACCCCAAGCGGCAAUACAAGAGGUGUCUCGGUAUUUCAUUGAGAGUUGGGGAAACAAGAAAAGAAUCGACUAUGGCACCGGACAUGAAGCAAAUUUUGCUGCUUGGCUAUUAUGUUUUGACAAGCUGGGAUUAAUUGGCCCAGAUGAUCAUGUUGCGCUUGUAUUAAAAGUAUUUCAAAAAUACAUUGACAUAAUGCGUAAUCUACAAUUCAAAUAUUGGCUCGAACCAGCGGGUUCCCACGGCGUUUGGGGUUUGGAUGACUAUCAUUUUUUACCUUUUAUGUUUGGAUCUGCUCAGCUAACAGGACACAAAUACAUUCGACCAAAGUCUAUUCAUGAUACUGAUACUGUUGAUGAAUAUUCAAAAGAUUUCAUGUAUCUGGCUUGUAUAAAGUUUAUCAAUUCAGUGAAAACUGAAUCGCUACGCUGGAGUUCUCCAAUGAUUGAUGAUAUAUCGGGAGUGAGAACGUGGGCAAAGAUAAAUGAAGGAAUGAUCAAAAUGUACAAAGGGGAGGUCCUGAGCAAACUUCCGAUAAUGCAACAUUUCAUGUUUGGAUCGCUCAUACGCUUUGAAGGCAGUGGGGCUACCUUGGGUGUAGCUGAGGAUGAGGAAGAUGAAUAUAAUCAUAUGCAUGUACACGCAUUUGGACAAGAGUUUCCUGAAUGCUGCGGUAUAAGAGUACCCAGUGCGAUUGGAGCGAGAAUUGUUGCAGGACAAGGAGUACCUAGAAGAUUACCAUUUGAUUAA